AUGCCGACCGACCUGCGGUAUUACUUGGAUGGUCUACCAGACUGGCCGUCCGCCGAGGCCGAUGUACUCACAGCCGCAGGGUGGGUUCGAGAGAUCGGAGCCGUUUCCCAAGGUGAAUCUCUGGGCAGAAUGUUAUUCGCAGUGGAGAAGAAGACCACUGGCGCAAUGAAAGCGUGGGUGCGUCGUUGGAAAAUCAGCGGAUCACAUCGUCACCAGGCGUGCAAGGACAUUCCUGGUCACCAUGGGGGGAUCGCCACGAUUACCCAAGGAGCUGCCGAGCCCCCGGCAGAUUAUAUCGCCCGUAUGGAGCGUACCGUCGAGUUGUUGCCACCCCAGGAAGGUAGUGAGGGCAAGCCGUACAAGGUGUCUGAUUAUUACUCCCAGACCUUUGCAUUCCACUUCUGCGAAGGACUGCACGAGAGCAGCCCUUUCAAGAUCAAGAACAAGAAGACCCCGGUGGCUCUUGAAGGGGCGUUCAAGUCGGUGGAGCGCCUGUCCUCAGUUGGUCACCGCUUAUCACACGACGUCUUUUGCGUACUCCUUCACACAGCACUGAGAAGGAGUUUAUGCAUAUGUAACAUAUGCACAAUGAACUCCGAACCUUGGCCCACCCGCAUCGAACGCAUCUUCGCCCGCAUCUCCUCCGACAGUGUUGAGAAGCUAUGGUAUCCUCCAUACUGCACACUGCUCACGUCGGUCUUUCCUUUCGAUGAAGGCUUUAUGCUCGCACCUCAGACAUUUCCAGUCAACACCACCCAAAGUAUGGAUUUGGAUUUUGCUGUCGAAUAUCUUGUCCAGAACGAGGAGGGUAUCCCGGUCCUAGCCCUGGAGAUCAAGAGAGCAGGCGAUAUCGAGUUUAUGCAGACAAGAACCAAUGCCGAUAGACAGGUGCGCGAGCGGUUCUCCUCCAUCACAUCACCACUCCCACGCUUCCAUAUCAUAAGCGCAAUCGGCACACGUUGCUGUGUAUUCACAUACGACCGCACCACACGCAUGGUCUCACCUCCCAGAAUAGCUCCUACACAUUUUAAUGUUGUGGAGGACCUCGCACCUUUCGAACGCUGGAAUACUGAUAUUGCUACCCUCGAAGCCAGACUUGCUCUAAACACCUGCUUCAAUGAUGUGAAGGCUAUGGCCUCCUCACUCUAA